AGUAGUCCCUUGAAAGUCAAGAAUGCAUUAUUGGACUCGUUCACGCGUUACGUACCCAGUAGGAAACAUUCAGCAUUGAUUAAAUGUCUGUUAGUCUUCAAGAAGUCCAUACAUUAUUAUACUGCUAGCUAGGCUCAGCUCUGAUGAUGAAUGUUCAGAAGAAAAGUAGAAAUCAAUUCAUAUGUCUACUUCCUACUUACUUCUGCAUUUGCUUCUGCCCCUCCUCGCUCACUCGUGUUCGUUGUAUAAUUUCUCCUGCGGAAAUUAUACCCUCGGAAUCAAAUACCCUUUCUACACAAACACAGGCCCAAACCAAUGCGACGGACUUCAUCUUGUUCAGUGCAUGAACCUUGUGCCAGUGAUCAAAUUACACGGCCAAGGAUUCUUAUAUCCAGUUUGUAACAUCUCGUACUCCGAUAACUCGUUUAUAAUUCACGAUCUGAAGCUCAGCUCUUACUUUCGAGGAUCCAACUGCAUCUUCCUCUAUGAUUUCAAGUCUCCGGUAACAAGUUUCAACGUGUCAAAUGUUACUGAAAGUUUGAGCUCUGGCCAAGGAUUCUUCAACUGCGAGCCAAACGGAUACGAUUUCGACGGUGAUGUGUUUAAAGAGUUGUAUAAUUUAAGUUUUUGCGAAGAUUACGGUCUUGGUUAUGGGGAGCAGAGCGAUGAUGGGUUACUUCCUGGUUAUUGUGCGACUUCUAGCGAUCUUUGGUUUGACUGGAGACUCGCCUUUGAUGACGAUGGUGGCGGCGGAGUUUCUCUGAUAUCUGCAGGGUUUUCCCGGAAGUGGACUUCGUUCCCUGAUUGCUUCGAUUGCCGGAUUGUAUCUGGGAAUUGUAGCGCCUAUUGCAGAGGAAUUGAGCCAAGUGGUAAAUCACGUAGCAUAUGGAUAAUUGCAGGUGUAGUUAGCGGAGUGGGAGGCUUCCUCUUAGCAUGCACAAUCUUCUUCUUCUGCUACAAGUACAAGUUAAAGAAGAAGUACUCGAAAUCCUUGACUCCCUCCACUGCUAUCGUCCAAGAUUUCUCUUCAUCAUUUUCGAAGAAAGAUUCUGAAACGAUAAGCUUUCAUUGCCAGACACCCUUAUUCUCUUAUGAAGAGCUUGUGGAGGCUACCAAUGGAUUUGAUCGAUCAAAAGAACUUGGUGAUGGUGGCUAUGGGACUGUCUAUAAAGGCCUUCUCCGAGACGGACGCGUUGUGGCCGUGAAGCGUCUGUACGAACGCUCCACCUCCCUCCCCCUCUCCCUCCGCCUCUCUGCCGCCAUCGACACCGCAUCCGCCCUCUCCUACCUCCACUCCAUCGACAUCAUCCACCGCGACGUCAAAACCCACAACAUCCUCGUCGACAACAACUUCAACGCGAAGGUUGCCGAUUUCGGCCUCUCCCGCCUUUUCCCCGCCAAUGCCACGCACGUGUCCACCGCGCCCCAAGGAACCCCAGGGUACCUCGACCCGGAGUACCACAGGUUCUAUCAACUUACAGAUAAGAGCGACGUUUACAGCUUCGGAGUGGUCCUUAUGGAGCUCAUAUCGUCUAGGCCGGCGGUAGAUGUCAACCUUAGGCCGAACGAGAUAAGUUUGGCUAUGGCCACAAUGAGUAAGAUCCAGAACGGCGAGUUGGCGGAUUUGGUCGAUCCGGGACUUGAAUUCGGCUCCAAUCAGGAGGCGAAUAGGAUGGUGACUCAAAUGGCCGAGCUAGCGUUCAGGUGUUUGCAGAUGGAUAGGGACAUGAGGCCUCCGAUAAAGGAGGUUUUGGAGGGGUUGAAGGAGAUCGAGGCGGGUAGUCAAUAUUGUAAUGGCGACAAUUGCGAGGUUAGGACUAAGGAGGAGUCGAGGCUGUUGAAGGAUUCAGGGUCGAUAUCGCCUGAUUCGGUGAUGAAGAACUGUUGGAUGAGUAGUAGUUCUACUACUCCGAGCUCUAGCAAUCAAGGUAUAGUCUGAGUUUGUAAGGGGGUGUUUUCUCGUUUGAGACGAUUGUGGUGGUGUGUAGUUCUCACGUAUGUUGUGAUAUUAAGAGGGCAAUGUACAUAGUAGGAAGAGGUUACUGUAGUUAGCUAGAUACGUCGCAUUUAUUUGAAGAGGGUAAUAAUUGUAGAAGUGCUUAAACAGAUUUUUUUUUUUGGCCCUCGCACUUCACUGCCUUAAUUUUGUGUCAUCAUCUUUGCAUUAAAGACA